AUGGUCAACUUCGCGUGGGCUUUGCCCCUCUUGCUGGGUAAGGCCUCCUUCGGUCGCCCCUUCGGAGAGAUCGACCCCAAUGAAAUCGGCUUCACGCUCUGCGGAAUGGAUCACAGAGAUGGAGAGCAGUAUGCCCGCGACGAUCUUUUUGUCUUAGAGUCCAUGUACAAGGACACCGCCGUGUUUAAGGAAAAAGAGCCGAUCCGCAUCCCCGUCAACAUUGUCCUCGUCGGGAACAGAAAUUACAGGAGUUUCUUCCAGAAUAGAACCACUGCCAUCGAGGCAGCCUAUACCAAAUACCGCAGCGUCGGCUUCGAGUUCGGCCCGUUCUCCUAUGAACACGUCGACGAAGUUGGCAGCCAGCACAGAUUCAGGAUAUGGGGAAACGUCACCUCGGCCUUGGUCCGCGCCUACCGUCGCGGCGGAGCGGACACGCUCAACGUGUUUCUGGUCCCUGCGAACCUGGGAACAUACGGCUUCGCCAACUUCCCGUGGGCCCUCCUUGACGCACCCACAAAGCGCCGGGGCCUGGAGUUUCCCCUAGCCAGUGACGCUGUCAUCAUUGCCACGAACGGCCUGACAGAGGCCAUGCUUGAGAAGCUGGUGGUGCACGAGACGGGCCACUGGCUCGGCCUUUAUCACACGUUCCAAGGCGGUUGCGAGGGCAACGAUGACCAGGUUGAGGACACUCGUCGGCAGCACAUGAAACCUGGCUUCCAAAAUACUUGCAAUGGAACGCAGAACUCGUGUCCUUUGCUGCCUGGAUACGACCCCGUUCGCAACUACAUGACUUACACUGGAUGCAACACAGGCAUGCACUUCACCGCGGGCCAGGCACGACGCAUGAGACAGGCUUGGGAGAUAUAUCGCGAUCCCAAGACCAGAGGUCUCCCCGCAUAUAGCGAGAUGCCUCUUCCGCAUAUGAUGCCCGCCGAGAAGCGAAAUCUUAUCGACUUAUGGAUGGAGCGAGAGCCACAGCAGUUCCGCAAAUAUCAUUCCCUGAUCCCUGUUGUCCCUUUUGGUCCUCCUGCUCUUCGCAAUGGCACAAAACCUUGGGAAUGGCCCAGACUGAAAGCCCCGGGACGGGGGUUGUAA